CCGCACAUGCCCCGGAGACAAUGGGUAUUCCCUGCAAUAAAGCGAGCGAUGAAUAGCCGCGCGUGCGCGAGGUGCUGUGGCGAUAUUACGAGCAAGUUUGGAGCUGCGAUGACAGGCGUUGCUCAGAUAUUGCGAAAUGUACUGUGCUCGUGCCAAGGGCCCACACGAGACAUCCUGUAACGACGUCCGGGAAACGGAAGAGGCGCAUGUGCCAACACCUUUUUUAUGGGGGAGGACCUUCCUGCGGCUUGUGCGCACACUCCUCAGUGUGAAGAAAGUGAGACUCGGCUCUAGGCACGAUGAUGCUUCUGCUGCUGCUCCUCGGGGGAGUGUCGUCGCUCGUGGCAGCGCAAGGGGAGAGCGAGGAUCUCACAGCCGGCGGGAACGAAAUCAUUGACGGCCUCUUGCGAGAGGCAAGGGACAGCGACUCUAUACAGAAGAAGAUAAACCCUGUGAUUAUCAAGCACGUGGACCUCGACGACCGCAGGGGUCACGUCGAGAAUAUAUCUAUAUAUGGUCUCUCUACCCUCGCUCGCCAUCGUGACGUUAACAUCACUUUCAAUGAUGCGCACUUGGUAACCAUCACAGGCCAACUGCGGGCAGAUGACCUGCACUUGACCGGUCGAUACCUCUACCGGCCGUCACGUUUCUUCAGACUUCGUGGAAGCAUUGGUGCCACUCUCAACUACUUUGUCGUCCUAAUCGGAAUUGAAGUCAACACCGAACAGAACAGAGCCAACGUCACCACAUUUAAGGUUGUUGAAAUCGGAAGCAUCAAGGUAACAAAGUUUACCGGAGCGUCGUUCGCUUUCAACUGGCUCGGGAAGUUUAUCGUCAACAAGAUACUGAACAGCCGAAGCUUCUCAAUAUCUGAACGACUAGAAGCAAGUGGCAAAAAAGCGCUGAACCGGCUGCUGGAGGACAAGGAAAUUAGGUUGAGAUGAAACGCGAGGGCGCCAAUUUACUUCUCGUUUCGGUUUUAAACUCAACACUCGCCAUGUUUUAUGAGCAGUGUUGAAGGACCGUUGACUUGAGGCGGGGCUCUCGCAUUAAAUGUGUGUAUAUUAUUAAGGCUUACUGCCGAUACCGUCGAUAAUUCAAAUGUGAAUGGGUUCGGCAAUGAAAUGUACAGCGUCCGAGAUCAUCCAAUAAAAAGAGAUUCACGUUGUUGCGGGCGACAGCGAAGCAGUGCAAGUACACGAAGUGCAGUAAUCAAUUUCCACUCCGUCAUCGUACCAGUGGAGGAGGUGAAGUGAGACAACCGAGACCGCGCACCACCCACAAAAGUGAAGUACGGGCAAUAAAGUUACGUGGCUAUAUGUA